AUGGCUGGCAAAGAAGGACGCAAAAAUCGACGCGGUGCGAAAUCUCCGGCAGCCAAGAAGAAGCCAGAGAAGCAAGUAGUGAAGAAAGGCAGGAACGCCAAGAAGGGUGACACGACAGCUAACAAAGGUGCCAGUGGUCGUGGCAGAUCCAAGAGCCCAGUUCCCAAGAAGAACGCACAGAAGCAGAAACAGCAGCAAAACAAGAAGCAACCGCAGGUAAAGGGGAAGAAUAAGAAAGGCGGCAAGCCGCAGCCCAAGAAAGAAAAGCCGGUAUCAGCUGAAGAUCUUGAUCGUGGAAUGGACGACUAUUGGGCCAAUAGCAAAGAUAAGGCUGUUGUUGAAAAGAAAUUGGACGAUGACAUGGAUGGCUACUGGGCUGCCAAAAAAGAAGGGGGGGAAGACGGAGCAAACGAAGACUCUGCGGUUGAUGCCGAUGCCGAUGCUGAUACCGAUGCUGGUGAAAAGAAGGCCAACGACAAAGAAGCCGGUGAAGCUUAG